AUGCAAGACCAAGAGAAGCCCCCAUCGUUUCCAAAUGUACCCAAGAGUUCUUUAUUUUCCAGACUGGAAGCGUUUCUACCUGUGAUGGCUGAGGAGAACAAGAAACUGAACGACGCAGUAGCAGGAGGUGAAGCCUACAAGCACAGUAUUGAAGUGGAAGAAGACGAGGAGGAGCAAAGUGAUGGACAUGGAGAUGGUGCUAUGAUUGGAGAGAGCGAUAAGAAAACAGACUCGAAGGCUCUCGUGAUUGAAAUGAACUUUGCAUUAGGUAUGAUGGACGAGAACGGCAGCGACGGUGAGGAUACGAAUGCUAUCAGCCUGGAUGCACAGACCAAGGCUCCAACAAAUGCUCAUGUAAUUGGUGCGACUUCAGGAUCAUCAACGCAGAAGAAUGAAGACAAGUCAUCGUUUUGUAUGUGGCUGGAAAGGCCCAGUAGUAAGCCACGUCCUUUUAUCCAGGAACUUAAUUGA